AUGGAGAAGACAGACGCCGCGGCUACACCCGAUCUCGAAGCCCCAGACGUCCCUGCCAGAGAAUCCAGCCUCGCCCAACGAUGGAAGCAGAACCUGACGCCCACUCACGCAGACUUUGUCUGUCUGCUCCUCACUUUCCUCACCGGUCUAUGCGAUAGCAGCGCCUACAAUGCGUGGUCCUGCUUCCUCGGAAUGCAAACCGGAAACACCAUCUUCCUCGGCCUCGGCGCCUCCAAUCAACCAACUAACAAGCCAUGGGGCUGGCUCAAGUCCCUCGUCUCGAUCGCGUCCUUCUUCUUCGGCUCGAUGAUCUUCUCGCUCGCGAUGCGCACCGUCGGCGCCCUCCGCCGUGGAACCCUCUUCAUCUCAUUCCUCGUGCAGACCCUGCUCAUCAUCAUCGCCGUCGCCCUAAUCGAAGCCGAUAUCAUCCCCCACACCUCCCAUGACGCCACCCUAUCCGGUGGCCCGCUGUUCCUCGAGUUGAUCCCGAUCGCCCUGCUGGCUUUCCAAUCCGCUGGUGGAAUGACGUGCAGUCGUGCGCUGGGCUACAAUGAGAUCCCGACCGUGGUCUUGACGAGUGUCUACUUUGAUAUUGCGUCCGAUCCAAAGAUCACCGAUAAGCCGACGACGAACGUUAAGCGCAACCGUCGUGUUGCCGGCGUUGUGUGUCUCCUGGUCGGUGCUAUUGUCGGCGGCUGGCUGAGUCGUAGCAGUGGUGGUAUGCAAUCUGCGCUAUGGAUGGCUGCUGGUUUGAAAUUCGUUGCUGCGAUUGCGUGGUUGUUCUGGAAGGCUGCGCCGGCGAAAUAG